AUGCCUAUACAUUUAGCAUCGAAACUGGAUUGUGCAUAUAAAUUGGCAAAGGGUUGUGUCUUGGCCACUAUACCAAAACCGACAAGCAACAGAAUCGCCUACGACUCUCUACUUCAGGCGAUGGCUCGUUCUGGCCACGUACCUCUUGGCUCCUCUCCUCUUCAGGCCGCUACUGCCACUUCAAUAUCUCCUGGAUUUUAUGCGUCACCCGCUGCUGCCGUCCUGGCUGCUGCUCAGGCUGCUGCAACUCAUGCCGCUUACUACGGCUCCAAUCCGGCUGUACAGACAACUAACCAGGUCCCUUCUAGUGGGCAACAAGGGCAACCUAUUUCUCACUCUGCAACUCCAGGUAUCUAG